CCUAUUCAACACCUGUCUUUAGUGCAGAGAUUGCUAGAAGCAGUUCAGAAACCAGCGGAAAUAGCUGUCAUUCAUUGCAAGGCGCACACCAAAGAUCGCGAUCCUAUAGCAAUGGGGAAUGCCCUAGCAGACAUUACAGCCAAGAAAGCAGCAAGACUCCCUCUUUCUUUUCCUACACUGGCAUUAAUUACUGAUGAUUUCCAACCCACCACUUUAACGUCUGUACCCCCAAAGGAAACUCGAGCUUGGGAAGCGCUGGGGGCCAGCUACAGGAAUGACUUGUGGGUUAUGCCAGAUGGAAGAGCCUGUCUACCUCGCUCCAUGUAUUUCGCGGCAGUUACCUGGCACCAUAAUAAAGGAGGACAUUAUGGAACUCAUGCUUUGGUAGACACAAUAUCCAGGUUUUGGUACGCCCCUGGCAUUCAAUCUGUAUGUGCUGCAACUGUAAAAGCCUGUAGUCUGUGCCAGGCUAACGGACCUGCUUUACCAAAUAGAGCACCACGAGGGGGGCGACCAGCAGCAGCUGCACCCUUCCAACAUUUGCAGAUGGACUUUGUCGAUUUACCACCAGCAAUGGAUUGCGAGCCUUGUGGCACACGGCCAGGUAUGCGCAAACGGUUCCAUUCGAAGAGCAAGUGCACCCUUUCCAGCCAGGUGAUUUCGUGUGGGCGAAAACGUUUGUCCGUCGCAGUCCGCUCCUGCCAAGAUUCAGCGGUCCUCACCAGGUUUUAUUAACUACCCAGACGGCAGUUUUCUUGGAAGGAAGGAAGUCUUGGAUUCAUCACGCACACGUAAAGCCUGCCGUUGUAGACUUCAGCCCCGCGGAAGUACCGGACGUGCCACCCCACGACGGACAAGAACUUGUGGACUCAGAGGACAGAAUUGUGCCAGCGUUACGCUUAAAAAGAGACCCCGUGACUGAUCUAUGGGCACCAGAGACUAUCCCUUUCCGCACAGCCAAAAUAUCAUGAACUAUUUUACGCCUCAGGACUGCGGGGUUCUCUAUUGUAUUCUUUGUGUACUUGUGCAACUGAGCCUUGUUUUCCCUCUGUGUUGUCCUGAUGGAAUAAAAAUAUGCACGAGGGAGGACUACAAACCUCCUCUCGCUGGGAUCCGAAAUGGACUGCCAAAUCCGAAGGUACUGGGUGAGUGUCCAGAUCCUUACCUUUACCAUGUGCUUUUAAUUCAUAAUCAACCCUUCACUGUAGAAAUCACAGGAUGGAAAACAAAGUGUCAGAAAGCAGCUGUAGUUUUUCAACACAGCCUCAAUGGCUUCCUGGUCACUCAGUGUGUGAGGGCAGACAUAGCAUGGGCCAUUUACUUGGCUGUAAAUUGUACGCCAGCUACAGGACUAACCAGAGCCUCAGCAUGCCCUACAUCACUGGACCCCAAAUCCGUUCUUCAAGAAUAUUCUGUUUUUACCUAUCGCAAUUUGGGAACAACAGCACCUAAGUUUUGCAUUGGGUUAGGGGAAUAUAAUUGUUAUAUUGCUUUGCAAAGGAGCCAGCUCAACCGGUUUGCUCCCCCGAGUCUAUCCGACUUAACUUCAAAGCCCUCUUUGAAGCCUCUCACUCCCCCAUCCCUCACACUUCAAGGGGAAAGCUGGAAAGCAAAUAUUUUUCUCUCUCUUUUGGAAGCGUCAGCCCCACAAAACGGAUCCUGUU